GUGUGCAACAGUGCAAGUCAAGGCACAUGCAGGAACCAGCGCCUGGAGGUAGAGCGCACGCGGCAACGGGGUUGUCUGUCUAGUGAAGAGACCCCUAUUUCAGGAGCAUCUAACACGGAGUCCUCUAAUGCGCACUGUAAAUACACUCACGCCUUUCGGUUCACCAACGCUUAGCACGGUCUCAGUUGUGAUUCUCGCAUAGUGUAACUUUGCGUGCCCGUGCGUUAAUGAAGCGAGGUUACUGAUAGCGCGUCGCGCGUGUGGGAAACUUAUAAGAGAUUUUUGGGAAUCUCUCUCGCUGGACUCCUCACAAUGAGAAAACUCUGAGGUGGCAGUCUUCGUUCAGUUACGCUUCCUUUGGCUUCAACCAAGGGCUAGCUCAUGAACCGGUAUCCUCUUGCGUGGAAUUCUGUUUUCACUUAGAACUCUGCUUCUUGGACAAAUGCAUACAAAUGCAUUUAGGAGCCCAACGGACAAGGAGUGGACACGUUUCUCCCACGAUAAAAACGAGAGCCCUCCUCCUGCUCCUCUCACUAUGUACCGCAGUACUGUUUGCAGAAGAUCCCUCUCAAGUGCAAGGUGUAGAUCUUAUUCUCCAGCUGGGCCUCACUGGCCGCAGAGAGACACAGGCGUCUGUUCCGCCGGGUUCCCCCCGGCCCCGUCACCACGACGACGACCUGCCGCCCGGAGUGGGCGUCACGCUCGGGGAGGAAAUCCACAUUGAGGCCCCGGCGCCCGAGCUGUUUCCCGACGACCUCGGGGACGAGUACUCGAUCGUGGCCAGCCUGCGCUCCUGGGGAGCCGACAAUGCUUUUCUUUUCAGCGUCCGCGACGACGCGGACAGGCUGCAGCUGGGCAUACAGCUGGCGUCGCCGGCCACGGUGGUCGUGCACGUGGGCGAGGGGACCGCCGUGCGCUUCCCGCACCCCGUCCUGGACGGCCGGUGGCACUCGUUUGCGGUGGCCGUGCGGCCGCGCUCCGUGUCGUUCCACGCUGGCUGCGGAGGCGUGUGGCACGUGGCGGAGACGCCCGUGGGCUCCCCCGAGGCGCUGGUCUCCGACGGCCGCUUCUCCCUGGGCAGGAUGAACGCCACGGCGGCGCGGCUGGAAGGCGACCUGUGCCAGCUGGACAUCUACCCCUCCGCCCAGGCUGCCGCGCAGUACUGCCAGUAUGUUAAAAAACAGUGCCGCCUGGCGGACACUUUCCGAUCGCCCUCACCCUCGCCCCCGGCCCAGGCCCCGUCGCCAACAGACAGCAGUGCUGGGAGCGGAUCGGGGCCCUACAUGGUCCCCCUCUCCUCUUCACCCCCCUCCUCCUCCUCGGACUCCUUAUCCCAUGACCCUCUGGAGCCCCGCUGGCAGGGGAGCACCUCCUCCUCGCCACCCCCAGGAGACACCCUGGCCCAAGCUUUCCCCAGCCUGAGCUCCCCCCGGCGGCCCGAGGCAGGAGUAUACCCCGACAGGACGCUGGCUUUUCAGCGAUUCGGCCCCAGCCCCUCCCCUGGCCCCCUCAGUAGGAUGGUAUCUGGUGCCGCCACUGCUGCCCCUAGGACUACCCCGGCACCUAGAGCCAAACAUAUUGGUAGCAGUGGUUACACCACUGUAACCUCCACCACCACCAACAACACCAACAAUACAACUAAGGCUGUCCUUCAGGUUGAAAACGGCACAGAGGAUCUGAGGCUGCACCACCGGCACCAGCAACGACCGCCCCACCCCACCGGCACGGCGACCCCAGACCUGAUCUCUCCUGUCAGGCAGAGUCGGCUGAAGGACGGCCAGCAGAACCACAACAGAACCAUGUCCCUGACACGCUCCAGUUCCAGUCCACCCCCGCAGGCCGAGGACGGGGACGAGGAUUGGGAUGAGGACGAGCUGACAGAGACCCAGCUGCAUCCCAGCCUCACGUCUCCUCACUGGGACCCGGACACCCGCAACCAGGUGGACGACUCGGAGGAACACCCGCUGGUGGUCCCGUACGACGGUGACGGAACUGACGGCUACGGCUACGACUAUGGCUAUGAGGAAGGGGACUAUUUCUUUGAGUAUGACGGCCUUCCUGGUCCGAAAGGAGAACCAGGCCCUCCGGGUGAUCCUGGACCGGCAGGGCUUCCGGGACCCUCUGGAAAGAGAGGACCACGGGGUCCGCCUGGCCCCCAUGGGAGUCCUGGCCUGCCUGGUUUACCUGGGCCCAAGGGUGCCAAAGGUGAUCCCGGACUCUCUCCUGGCCAGGCCCCCGCAGGCGAUCCGGGUGACAGGGGACGGCAAGGUCCUCAAGGUGCGCCGGGGUUGCCAGGUCCAACGGGUCCAAAAGGCUAUCCCGGACCUCCAGGUUUGCCAGGAGAUCAGGGCUUGCCAGGACUUGCAGGCGAGACUGGGGCAGCAGGUUACCCUGGCAGGCAGGGGUCCGCCGGGCCAGAAGGUAACCCAGGUCCUAAAGGUGUCAAUGGAUUCAUCGGUCCCCCAGGUGUGGCUGGACCAAUUGGGCUCGAAGGAGAAAGAGGAAUUCUGGGACCUCCUGGGAAAACCGGACCAAAAGGAAUGCUGGGAGUUGUUGGCGACGCCGGUGAGAGGGGUCCUCCGGGGCCGGAUGGGAACGAGGGGCCUGUUGGAGUGACUGGUACUGGUGGCUUCCCGGGACUGAGGGGUGACCCUGGGGCUGAGGGACUGCGUGGUCUGCAAGGGAUAUCGGGACCCCAGGGUCCAGCUGGCAGGGCGGGGCCACCUGGAAUGAAAGGUGAUAAGGGGGAGCCCGGAUUAAGAGGGGAGCCUGGCGAAAACGGUUACCAAGGUGACAAGGGUGCGCCAGGCUUGCCAGGACCACCGGGACCGAGGGGAAAACCAGGACCACUCGGAAGACUGGGAGAGAUGGGACUACCAGGCCUGCCAGGACCACCUGGCCCUGAGGGCUUUCCUGGAGACAUCGGAAUGCCCGGUCCCAACGGGCCUCCUGGACCCAAGGGGUUGGUGGGAAACAGAGGCCCUCAAGGACCACCUGGGCCGAAAGGAACCGAGGGGGAAGAAGGCCCUUUGGGCCCACCUGGCAAACCCGGGCCCACCGGAAGACCUGGGCGGAAAGGUUUGAUCGGCGAGCCGGGACUUGAGGGACCAAAGGGAGAGGUCGGGGAUCUUGGAAACAUGGGGAAAACUGGACCUCCCGGCCCGGUCGGUCUAAUGGGAAUGGAAGGGGUGAUCGGAGUCCCUGGUGAAAAGGGUGACCGUGGCCCCGCGGGUCCCUUGGGUCCACCUGGAGAGAAAGGCUCCCUGGGCUAUCCAGGUUUACCAGGAGGUCCGGGUGAAAUCGGUCCGCCAGGUCUGCCGGGCCCAGCAGGUCCUAGAGGAGCAGCAGGGAACAGAGGACCAAAGGGCAGGAGGGGUCCGCUUGGUCCUGAAGGUCCUUUGGGAGAGCCUGGACCCGAGGGCGUCAAGGGGGAGCGAGGUAGUCCUGGGUCGAGAGGAUCACUUGGCUUCAUCGGCAAGGCUGGAGGACCUGGCAAGAGAGGCCAACCUGGCAGUCCCGGCAAGCAAGGCAUCAUGGGUAGCACAGGAGAGAGGGGCGGACCCGGUGAGCCUGGCCCAAAGGGACCACCAGGGGACGCCGGACCUGACGGGGAUCAAGGUCAUCAGGGAGCGCCUGGAGGGGAGGGGGAAAUGGGCCCUGUCGGCGAACCUGGAAUGAAGGGUGACGUGGGCUUGCCAGGACCUGAAGGCGAGGAGGGCCAGUUAGGCAUGAGGGGCCCUCCUGGUCCAGUUGGCGAAGACGGGCCUCAGGGGAAAGACGGACACAAGGGCGACCCUGGUGAGCGUGGGGCAUUGGGAGAAGAUGGCGAGCGGGCAGAGGAGGGUGAUCCAGGACCCCCUGGGCCACCGGGCGAAACAGGGAAGCGGGGCUUUCCGGGGCCGGAGGGAAAGCCGGGGCUGCAUGGAAGUCGAGGACGGCCUGGAAAAAAGGGUGAGAGGGGGCCUCCUGGUGCCUUGGGCGAGAUGGGUGACCAUGGCGACAUCGGGAAGACCGGCGAGCGAGGGACCAAGGGCGCCCGAGGGACACGGGGCUCUCUGGGCCUGCCAGGAUUGAUGGGGCCCAUGGGUGAGCCAGGAAUGGACGGCUACACGGGCCACAUGGGUAAGCCAGGUCCUGCAGGCCCCCCGGGUCCCAAAGGUGAAAAGGGUUAUCCAGGAGAAGACAAUAAGACCCCAGGAGCGCCAGGGCCUAUAGGUGAACCAGGGUCGCCGGGGGAGCGUGGAGACCGAGGCGAACCGGGGGACGAUGGAUAUCAGGGUCAUCCUGGCAUUCUUGGGCCCCGCGGAGCUGUUGGACAGCAAGGUCUCCCGGGACCGUCUGGAAGCCCUGGAUGGCAAGGACCUAAAGGCGAAAGAGGACCCCAGGGAGCUGAAGGAAAGAAAGGUGCUCGAGGACCGCCAGGAUCUCCAGGUGAAGAAGGUUUCCUAGGGAUUCCAGGGCUGAAGGGAAUGUCGGGGUACGAAGGACUAGACGGCCCCCCGGGAUUUCCAGGCCUUGUGGGGUUUCCAGGCAUGCACGGACACAAGGGUCCCCGUGGCAUUCCCGGUCCCGAGGGCCAGGCUGGCAUGCCAGGGCCCAGGGGCAACCUCGGCUUUCCCGGUCCAGUUGGCGACAUCGGACCCCCGGGCAUGAAGGGUGAGAGGGGUCUUCCAGGAGAGAGGGGCUCUGCUGGCAUCAAGGGUCGGGAAGGCAGCGAUGGGGACCAGGGCAGGAAGGGCGAUCCAGGAUCCAAAGGAACGGCGGGGGAAGCAGGCGACCCAGGUAUGCGCGGCCUCCAGGGAUUCCCAGGCCCAAAGGGACCAGAUGGAGACAUGGGCUUCACUGGUGUUGCAGGUCCAAAAGGCCCGAUGGGAGUCAUGGGAUUCUCCGGUCCUGUGGGUCCUGCUGGGAUGAUAGGCCCUAUUGGAAUGCCAGGCUUUCGAGGUCCAACAGGGAGCCAAGGGGAAAUGGGUCCCCAGGGGCCACGAGGGAGUCCAGGCCCCAGAGGUCCACCAGGUGCUCCAGGACCCACGAUACGUGUGGAUGUUGACACAGCUAGCGAACGGAGGGAGUCCAACAGUGCCUAUCGCAUGGAGAGCUUCCAGAACACGGAGAUGGCCCAGGCGGACCAGAACUCGGAGAUCGUCAAGACGCUGCGCUACCUCAGCAGUGUCAUCGAGAGCAUCAAGAAGCCGCUGGGGACGCGGGAGAACCCCGCCCGCCUCUGCAGGGACAUGCUGGACUGCCAACACAAGCAAGCCGACGGCCAUUUCUGGAUCGACCCAAACAUGGGUUGCACGUCUGACGCAGUGGAGGUGUUUUGCAACUUCACGGCGGGUGGCCAGACAUGCAUCCAUCCCGUGGCUCCAAACAAGAUGACGUUUGGCAUCAGCAAGGUGCAGAUGAAGUUUCUUCACCUGUUGAGCAUGGAGGCCUCGCAGAUCAUCUCUGUCCACUGUCUGAACGACCCGCCCCGAGGUCAGACCAGGACGCCAAAGAGCCAAAGUCCACCGUUGCAGUUCAAGGGCUGGAAUGGACAGAUAUUCGAGACGGACACUUUACUUGAACCAUAUGUGCUCUCUGAUGAGUGUGAGAUUCAAGAUGGCAGCUGGCAUCAGUCGAGCUUCCUCUUCCAGACUCAGGACACCUUUCAGCUUCCCAUCGUCAACCUGUACGGGUUCGCAGCUACACAACCUGAAGAGCUACGACACAUCGAAGUGGGACCCAUCUGCUUUCUAUAAGAGGGGCAUGUCUGUUUCUCUCUUUCUCUCUUUUUCUCCCUCUCUCUCUCUCUCUCUCUCUCUCUCUCUCUCUC